AUGUUCUGUAUCGGGCGAGCGCGGGAAGAUCUUAUAAGCUCUCGUUUCUCAUCCCUCCUGAUCUUGCAUUUUCCAUUCUCAUCUUUUCUUCAAUAUCGACGACUCACGGAUUCAAUUCUCCAAACUCGUGAUUUACCCUCUCAUCAUAACGAACACGUCUACCGCACGGUUGUCCUGAACAUUGAGGCCAUGUCGAGGGCCUACCCGCUCCCUACAGAUUUAUCUUCUUCCACCGUCGCAAAUACUGUGUCGCUCGUACGCAUUGUUGCCCUCGGUUUAAUCUCUGCCGCUGCUAUUGCUUCCCGACUUUUUGCGGUCAUCAACUUUGAGAGUAUCAUCCACGAAUUCGAUCCAUGGUUUAACUAUCGCGCGACGAGAGUUUUGGCUACCAAAGGUUUCUAUGAAUUUUGGAAUUGGUUUGACCCAACUGCGUGGUAUCCGCUUGGUCGAGUUGUGGGUGGCACAGUCUAUCCUGGGCUCAUGGCUACCAGUGGUGUCAUAUACAAUUUUCUCCAUGCUCUCAACCUCCCAGUAGAUAUCCGUAACAUCUGUGUACUUCUAGCCCCGGGAUUCAGUGCUCUCACGGCAUGGGCAACUUACAUGUUCACGACCGAAAUGAAGGAUCCAAGCGCUGGACUUCUUGCAGCUGCCUUCAUUGGCAUCGUUCCCGGAUACAUUUCUCGUUCGGUUGCAGGUUCAUAUGAUAACGAAGCCAUCGCCAUCUUCCUUCUCAUGUUCACUUUUUACCUAUGGAUCAAAGCACUCAAGUUGGGAAGUGCCCUGUACGGUACCCUGGCCGCCAUCUUUUACUUCUACAUGGUCGCAGCCUGGGGUGGUUAUGCGUUCAUUACGAACAUGAUACCUAUCCACGCACUCGUUCUGAUGCUCAUGGGACGUUACAGUAGUCGACUAUACGUUGGCUACUGCUCGUGGUACGCCGUUGGAACCCUUGCGUCAAUGCAAGUUCCAUUUGUCGGUUUCCAGCCAGUUCGCACUAGUGAACACAUGGGUGCUCUUGGUGUUUUCGGACUGUUGCAACUCGUAGCGUUUGCCCAACUGGUCAGAUCCCAUCUCUCUUCGAAGCAGUUCCAAAACUUGCUCGCUAUCGCUGUCGUGUCCAUUGGUAUACUUGGGGCUCUCGGAUUCGCAUUCCUGACUUACAAGGGAUGGAUCGCUCCAUGGACCGGGAGAUUCUACUCAUUGUGGGACACUGGUUAUGCUAAGAAAUAUAUUCCUAUCAUUGCUUCAGUAUCAGAGCACCAACCGACUGCCUGGCCAUCCUUCUUCAUGGAUCUACAACUCCUCAUCUUCGUCUUCCCCGCUGGUGUCAUUCUCUGCUUCAGGCAACUCCGCGACGAACAUGUAUUUGUGAUCAUUUACGCCGUUGUUGCCAGCUACUUUGCUGGGGUCAUGGUACGGCUGAUGUUAACUCUUACACCCGUCGUCUGCGUCACAUCUGCCGUCGCUAUUUCAACCCUUCUCGACACUUACAUUGACCCCACCGAACCCGAGGCUCCAAAAGAGGAGAAGGAAGGGUCAGUUACAGGGGCAAAGAAGGACAAGAAAUCAGCAUCAUCGUCUGCUGCUCUUGCAGCAGUGAACGACAUUGUUAACGCGACUGUGACUGAAGCCGGCUCUGGCUCCGGCUCCAGCGCUAGCUCCAAAACCAAAUCUCGAGGCAUCUGGGGCCUCGAUACACGUGCGGCAGUAGUCUUACAUACUAUCGCAAUGUUGUCCUUCUUCGUCAUGCACUGUACGUGGGUGACAUCGAGCGCCUACUCUUCUCCGUCAGUUGUUUUGGCUUCGCAGAAUCCGGAUGGCACGCAGCAUAUCAUUGAUGAUUUCCGUGAAGCUUAUUACUGGUUGAGACAAAAUACACCCGAGACGGCUGUUGUGAUGAGCUGGUGGGAUUACGGGUACCAGAUUGCGGGUAUGGCGGAUAGACCGACGUUGGUUGAUAACAAUACCUGGAACAACACGCACAUCGCGACCGUCGGCAAGGCCAUGUCUUCUCCCGAAGAAGUCGCGUAUCCCAUCCUUCGCAAACACGAUGUCGAGUAUGUCCUCGUCAUAUUCGGUGGCCUCCUCGGGUAUUCCGGUGACGACAUCAACAAAUUCUUGUGGAUGGUGCGAAUCGCUCAGGGUGUAUGGCCGGAUGAAAUCCAGGAACCGAACUAUUUCACUCCUCAAGGGGAGUACAAGGUGGAUGCUCAAGCGUCACCUGCCAUGAAGAAUAGUUUGAUGUACAAGAUGAGUUAUUAUCGCUUCGCUGAGCUCUUCGGUGGGGGAGCAGCGCUUGAUAGGGUCCGACAACAACAAUUGCCUAAACCAGGCCCGACUCUGGACUACUUGGACGAGGCUUUCACUUCAGAAAACUGGAUAGUGAGAAUAUACCAGGUUCGGGACGAGGACAUUCUCGGAAGAGACCUCAAAAGUGCCAAUGCAUUCACUGCGGGUAAAAAGAGGAAGAGGACAAAGCCUGUGUCGAGACGGCGAGCUAUUCUCUAA